CUAACUAUAUCAGAUUUAUACAGAUGCACACCGGGGCACAGGGCGGCGCAGCGCGGCGACACGCUCGCUGCCACCUGGAACUACCAGUUGAAGAAACGAGGUUAUUAUUUACUCAUUUGAACAUUUAUGCAAACAAAUAAUUGAAAUAAUAAAAGAAUACUUACUUACAUCGCUGGCGCAUCGACCCAAAGUGGGUCUUGGCCUCCGACACAAGAGAUCGUUACUUAUUUUGUGCACUGAACACCCAUUCCGUAAAUAAUUUUCAAACUUCCGUAUUUCAUUAUUUUAUUAACUGUUAGAUACAAAACGGAAGACUUUAAGGAAUAAAACUUUCGUGAGACAUAAUAAAUUAAUAUGGAACGGCUUAACUCACGCAUGAUCUACCGGCGAAGAUUUCGGCCGACUAAUUUCGGACUCGUCGGGGGUCCAUCCAUCUUAUGGGCGAGUCGCGAUGAUGAUGAACACUCGCACAAAAGAGUUUAGCCGUUCCUAAUUAAUUUAUCAUAUAAAUGAUAUUAAAAGGUUAAUUUUCCAGAAAGUGGCGGCAAAGCGUCCUUGUUGAAAGCAAUUGUAGCGGUUUACGGGUUCAAGUUUAUUGUUGGAAAUUUAUUAUUUUCUUUAGUUGAAAGUACCAUAAGGUGAGUGGGUCCAACUUUUGAUUACUUAUUUAUUUCCCCAUUCCUUUACACAAGACGGAAGUAAAUGUGCUGGCGGUAAACUGACUGCCGCCUCUCCUGAAUACUCGCAAUGUUUAUUAACAGUGCUAACCAUAGUGCAAACAAGAGGAAAAGCAAAUGGGAGGAAUCGGAGACCUUGUCCUCUGCGUUUAAUAUUUCUACUAUCCACUGCUAACGGAACGCAAAGUACUCAGCGCUAUUUUAUAAUCAACUUUGAAUGGUGUCUUUUAGUGGAUAUUUAAAUCAUGUUUUAAUUUACUUCGUUUUUUUUUACGAUAACUUUUGUAUUUCAUUUAGAUUGUCUAUACCGAUAUGUCUGGAGGGCAUGAUCAAUUACUUCUCCUCCCCCAACUCCGGCAUACCGCAGUCUCACGCCUACCUCUACGCGUUUGGUGUGGUCGGGUUGCAGCUGGUGAACGCAAUAAUAAUGCAUCCGUUUUUCGUUUGGAUGUUGGCGAUGAGUAUGAAGUUGAGAGUGGCAUCUUCAUCUCUCAUUUAUCGAAAGUGGGUGGGCAAGCGUCCGAGGGUCUGGCGGGACACGUCAUCAACUUGCUGACUACGGACGCGCAGCGCUUCGACAUGGCCAUCCUCUUCCUAGUCGACUUGGUCCGCACGCCCAUUGAGAGCGCCUUCGUAGUCUACCUCAUGUACCGCCAAAUCGGCGUCUCCACUCUAUUUGGAGUCGCCUUUCUGCUUCUCUUCAUACCACUUCAAGGCUACCUCGGUACAAUAUCGAGCAAGUUGCGACAUCAGACAACCGUGCGGACAGACAACCGCAUCCGGUUGAUGAACGAAGUGAUACAGAGCAUUGAGGCUAUCAAGAUCUACACCUGGGAGAACGCCUUUGCCAAAAUCAUUGGCGAAGCCAGAAAACAAGAAAUGAAGAUAUUGAAAAAGAUGUGCUGGUUGCACGCAGCGAUGACAUCUUGUGUUAAACUGAAUACGAAAGUUGCCAUAUUUAUCAGCAUUCUUUCCUUCAUUUACUUCGAAAAUGACCUAACGGCGGCGAAAGUUUUCGUCAUAUUCUACUACUAUGAGAACCUCAAGUACACACUGGUGGAUUUCCUGCCGAUGGCGAUUGCUUUCGUACUGGAAGCUUACGUGAGCGUGAAGAGGAUGCAGGAGUUCCUGCUACUGCCGGAAGUCAACAACAACGACGGCGUAGACUUGCUUCGUAUUCACGAGGAGAGUAAAGUCGUGCAAAAGAAUGGCGUGUAUGAAAAAGUUCACACUGAGCCGCCAGAAGAAGAGAAGAUAGAGUUGAAGACGACAGGCGUGAAGUCCGACGUCUUAUUGAGAAUGGAGGACUACUCCGUAAGCUGGAAGUCUUCUGGGGAUGAAGCGAACGACAUACCAGCUCUCACAGAUAUUAAUUUAAUAAUUCGAGCUGGCACGUUGACGGCAGUGGUGGGCGCGGUGGGCGCGGGCAAGUCAACGUUGCUGCAAGCCGUGCUGCGGGAACUGACGCCUCGCGCCGGCACUCUGCUCCUCGCCGCGCAAAUUGCCUACGCCGCACAGGAGCCCUGGCUCUUCGACGCUUCCAUCCGUCAGAACAUACUCUUCGGUGAGGAAAUGGAUAUGCAGCGCUACAAGAUGGUACUAGAAUGUUGCCAGCUGCAGAGCGACCUCGAAAUUCUACCCCAUGGGGACAGAACCGUUGUCGGUGAGAGAGGCUCUUCCCUGUCAGGCGGGCAGAGGGCGCGCGUGUCGCUGGCUCGCUGCGUCUACCAGCAGGCGGAUCUCUAUCUGCUGGACGACCCGCUGGCGGCUGUAGAUGCCAAGGUGGCGCAGGCAAUUUACGAAAAAUGCGUGCGCGGAUUCCUGCGCGAGCGCGCUGUGGUGCUGGUGACGCACCGGGCGCAGUUCACGCGCCAUGCCGACAACCUGUGCCUCCUGCGCGACGGCAGGAUUAUUGCACAGGGCACUUACACCGAACUUCAGGAAACUUUACCAGAAUUUAAAAGGCUCGUCGAAAGUGUUGAAGUAGAUGAGGGUACACAGAAGAAAGCGAAGGAAAACGAUGAAAAGUUGAAGGAAGAAAACGCAAUGCGUCUCAAACGUACAAUAUCGGUGACUUCGAAGAUUUCUUAUGACGCAAAUCCGAUUGACGCCGAUUAUGAAGGUGAGGUGCAGAGCAAGGGCACCGUAGACAGCAGUGUGUAUAUGGCGUACGUGAAAAGUGGGGGCAGCGCAUUUUCCAUGGUCUGCCUCUUCUCGCUCUUCGUCUGCGCACAGCUCUUCUACUCCAGCACUGACGUCUGGAUGAAAGAGUGGGUGAAUCUAGAAGAAUCUAACAACAUCUAUUAUCGCAAUAAGACACAAGAAAAUUUAACUUCUCCCGACCUUGAUACUAUGCAGAAUCCGUUCAACUACCUGCAGCUGAGUCGAGAACAGUGCAUCUACAUCUACGCGGCCCUCAUCGGCGUCUGCAUAGUCUUCACUUGGAACAAACUGGUCGUCUUCUACAACACCUGCAUUAAAGCCUCCAUCAACUUACACGACUCCAUGUUCCGAGGAGUGUCGAACGCUCCGAUGUGGUUCUUCCACCACAACCCCUCGGGCCGCAUCCUGAACCGCUUCUCCAAGGACAUAGGGCAGGUGGACUCCUCUUUGCCGGUCACUCUACUAGACUGUAUCGGUUUCUUUCUGGAAAUCGUGUCAGUGCUCGUGGUGGUGUGCCUGGCCAACUGGUGGCUGCUGCUGCCGACUGCGGUGGUGGCCUUUCUACUUUACCUCCUGCGAGAGCUGUUCCUCGGCACCAGUCGAGAGCUAAAGCGGAUAGAAGCCAUAGCGCGCAGUCCGAGCCUGAACCAGGCAGCGGCGACGGUGUCGGGGCUGACGACGAUCAGGUCGUGCGGGUCGCGGCAGAGGGUGCUGGCGCGGGAGUUCGACAAACUACAGGACCUGCACAGCUGCGCCUGGACCCUCGUGCUCGACACUAAUCAGGCUUUUGGCUUCUGGAUGGACAUGGUUUGCUGCCUGUACCUCGUCUUCGUUACAUUUAGCUUCUUUAUAUUUGCGAGUGAAGACUCGAUGGGCGGCAACGUGGGUCUGGCCAUCACGCAGGCAAUCGGCCUCGUGGGCAUGUGUCAGUACGGCAUGCGACAAACCGCUGAUGUGGAGAAUCAAAUGACAUCGGUGGAGAGAAUUUUGGAAUAUAGUAAUCUCCCAGCUGAGGAACCUAUGGAACUCGACAAGAAAGCUUUAAAGGAACAGUAUCCGGACAUGGACUUUGACAAGUGGCCUGAGAAAGGGGAAAUUGUAUUUGAGAACGUUUUCUUGGAGUAUGAGAAACCACCAAAAAAGGAUAACGAGAUAUGUGAGAAAGCGGCGGAGGAGCCGUCAUACGCCAUUCGCGGCGUGAGCUUCUCAGUGGCGGCGGGCGAGAAGGUGGCGGUGGUGGGGCGCACCGGCGCCGGCAAGAGCUCGCUGGUGGCGGCGCUGUUCCGGCUGGCGCGGGUGUCGGGGCGCGUGACGGUGGACGGCGUGCGCGCGGAGGCGUGCGGGCUGCGCGCGUGGCGGUCGCGGCUGUGCGCGCUGCCGCAGCGGGCCGCGCUGUUCGCCGCCACGCUGCGCGACAACCUCGACCCCGAGCGGCGGUACGGCGACGCGCAGCUGUGGGCGGCGCUGGAGCGCGUGCGGCUGCGCGCGGCGGCCGCGGGCCUGCCGGGCGGGCUGGCGGCGCGCGUGGGCGACGCGGGCGGCACGCUCUCGGCCGGCCAGCGCCAGCUGCUGUGCCUGGCGCGCGCCGCGCUCGCCGGCCGCAAGGUGCUCGUGCUGGACGAGGCCACGGCCAACGUGGACACGGAGACGGACGAGCACAUCCAGGCGACGCUGCGCACCACCUUCGCGCAGGCCACGGUGCUCACCAUCGCGCACCGCCUCAACACCGUCAUGGACUACGACCGCGUUAUCGUUAUGGACAAGGGUCGCGUGGUGGAGUCGGGUCAUCCAUUCGAACUGCUGACGUCAGGAGACCUGGCGUCUGGUGGAGAUGAAAAUAAUCCGGAAAUUUUCAAGUCCUUGGUCCAGCAGACCGGACCUGAGACCGCGGCCAUGCUGCGCAACAUGGCCGCCGAGAGUUAUCAGAAAUAUAAAGCAAAGUAAGGAGGCGCGGCGAGGCGAGGCGAGGCGAGGCGAGGUGAGGCGAGCGCUCUCUCAUCAAACGACGCGACGCAUCUUAUUAUCGAUGUUCCUUUUGUAUUUAUGAUUAAAAUAUUAUUACGUAAAAUGUAAACAUGGAGAAUCAAAUUA